GGCAGCGCCGGGGAGAGGGAGCACCCCCAGAUCUCGGGGGUCUGGGGGCCCUGGGCAUGGCCUGGGCUGGGGACGGAGUCGGGGGACACCUCGCGGUCCUGGCUCGGGUCCCCGCAGCCAUCUUGGAGUCCGGGAGCAGCGAGGAGGAGGAGGAGGAGGAGCAGGAGGAUGAAGAGGCAGCUCCUGGACAGCACCCGGCCCUGGAUCCAGUGCCAGAUGACACCGAGACUCGGUUGGCUGAGCUGGAGCAAGCGUCGCAGGCGCUGCUGGCCGAGCUGGAGGCGCUGGACACCGAGGUGGAGCUGGAGCAGCGGUGCCGGCAGCGAGCCCAGGCCUUCAGCGCCCAGGAGAACGCUCGGCUGGAGAGGCUCAGCCUGGCCAGGAGCCCCAAAGGGACCCCUGAGGUGGCCCCAGAGGAGGUGACACCUGUGAUGACACCUGAGGUGACCCCAGAGGAGGUGACACACACUGAGGUGACCUCAGAGGAGCCACCUGUCCCUACCCAGCUCCCAGCUCCACAGGAAGAUCUCUCCCAGCUCCUGGAACAUCACCGGGACCUCCAGGCGCAGCUGCAGCACCUGCACACCCAGCUGGAGCUGGAGCGGGAGGAGCAGCAGCGCCUGCGGGCAGCCCUGGCCGCCAGCCAGAGGGCACUGAGGUCCUUCAAGAGAGUGUCCCAGAUUGUCACCCAGGAUUACUGCCAGGCCCUGGAGCAGCUGGAGCUGGAGCAGGACCUGCGCUGCCACGCCGAGGCCUUCGCCCACCAGAUGCUGGUCCAGCAGAAGGAGGCGAAGCGCCAGAGCUCCAUCCUGCUGAGGCAUGCCACACCAAAUUCCCAAAUCCUGGAAGCGCUCCAGGAAUUGGAAAAACUCAGCCGGGAGCUGGAGGAGACGCGGCAGGAACAGCGCCAGCGGGAGAAGGAGCUGGAGCAGGAGCGGGAGGAGCUGCGGCGGGCGCGGGAAGCGCUGGAGGAGGAGCGCGAGGAGAAGCGGGAGCUGAGGGAGAGGCUGGAAGGGCUGGAGAAGGAAGUGGGAUCGCUCCGGGAGCAGCUGGCGCAGCAGCCGCCACCUCAGGGCCACCCCGAGGUGCCACCGCCGCCACCGCUGCCACCGCCCGCUGCCACCGCCGGCCCCGCCGACCCCCUGGCCACCCUGCGGCAGAGGAAGGCGCGGAAAAGCCGGGAGCAAAGUGACGCAGGGACCGAGGACGUCCAUGCCCGGGCCGUGCAGGAGAUGCUGGAGCGGAUCCGCAGCGGGAUCGUCCUGCGGCCGGCCAGGGCCAGGCCCUCCCCGUGCCAGGACUCCAUGACCAGCAAGAGGAGGAGCGCAGCGCUGGAGCUGCAGGGGAUCCUGGGUGCCCUGCGGAGGCCGAGCCGGAGGCGCAGCCGGAAGAGCCGGGAGCAGCAGCCGGGAUCCGUCCUGGAGCUGGGAUCCAUCCUGGAGCGGCGGCGCCGCGCCCUGGACGCUUCCGUGGGGGAUUCCGCGGGGAAUUCCGUGGGAAACCAGUCCAUGGGAAACCAGUCCAUGGGGAAUUCCAAGGGCACCAAUUCCAUGGGCACCGAUUCCAUGGGCACCAAUUCCAUGAGGAAUCCCAUGGGCACCAAUCCCAUGGGCACCAAAUCAAUGGGCACAAAUUCCAUGGGGAAUUCCACAGGCACCAAUUCCAUGGGCACUGAUUCCAUGAGCACCAAUUCCAUGGGCACUAAUUCCAUGAGUACCAAUUCCAUGAAGAAUUCCAUGGGCACCAAUUCCAAGGGAAACCAUUCCAUGGGCACCAAUUCCAUGGGGAAUUCCACAGGCACCAAUUCCAUGGGCACCAAAUCCAUGGGCACAAAUUCCAUGAGUACCGAUUCCAUGAGGAAUUCCAUGGGCACCAAUUCCGUGAGCACCAAUUCCAUGGGCACCAAUUCCAUGAGCACCAAUUCCAUGAGGAAUUCCAUGGGCACCAAUUCCAUGGGCACCAAUUCCAUGGGAAACCAUUCCAAGGGCACCAAUUCCAUGGGCACCAAUUCCAUGGGAAACCAUUCCAAGGGCACCAAUUCCAUGGGCACCAAUUCCAUGGGAAACCAUUCCAAGGGCACCAAUUCCACGGGCACCGAUUCCAUGAGGAAUUCCAUGGGGAAUUCCAUGAGCACCAGUUCCAUUGGCACCAAUUCCACGGGCACCAAUUCCAUGGGGACCAGUUCCAUGAAGAAUUCCGCUGGAACACAGGAGCCUGACGGGGCUGGGACAGAGCCGGACACAGGAAACCGCGACAAGGACCAGGACACGGACACGGACACGGACAAGGACCAGGACAUGGCCAGGGUCCCCUUCCGGCCCCGCGGCCUUGGUGGCCUCCCCAGGACACGUCCCCGUCCCCGCUGGGGCUGGGACAGCGGGGACAACGCCUAGGAGCCGCUUCCCGGGAAUUCCCGCCCUCUUUCCUGGGAUUUUCCACCUUCAUUUUCCGGGAUUUUCCCACCUUCAUUUUCCGGGAUUUUCCCAUCACUUCCCAGGGUCUUCCACCCUUUUUCUCCAAGAUUUCCCACCCUCAUUUCCCGGGAUUUCCCGCCCUCAUUUCCUGGAUUUCCCGUCUUCCAUUCCCAAGAUUUUCCUGCCUCUUUCCAGGACUUCCCACCCUCAAUUCCUAAGAUUUCCUGCCCCUCAAUUCCCAGAAUUUCCCACCCUUAUUUGCCAGGAUUUCCCACCUUAAUUUCCCGGGAUUUUCUGCACUCUUUUCCCAGGAUUUUCCACCCUCAAUUCCCAGAAUUUCCCGCCCUCCAUUCCUAGGAUUUCCCACCCUCCUUUCCAGGAUUUCCUGCCCUCCUUUCCCGGGAUUUUCCACCUGCAAUUCCUGGGAUUUCCCACCGUCAAAUCCCAAGAUUUCCCACCCUUAUUUCCAGGAUUUUCCCACCCUCAAUUCCCAGGAUUUUCCUGCCUCCUUUCCCAGGAAUUUCCACCAUUUUUUCCCCCAUGAUUUCCCACCCUCCUUUCCUGGGAUUUUCCACCCUUUUCCCAGGAUUUCUCACCCUCAUUUUCCAGGAUUUCCCAUUCUAAUUUCCAAGAAUUUCCCACCCUUUUUCCCCAAGACUUUCCUGCCUCCUUUCCAGGACUUCCCACCCUCAAUUCCCAGAAUUUCCCAUCCCCUUUACAAGGAUUUCCCGCCCUCAUUUCCUGGGAUUUUCCUCCCUCAUUUCCCAGGAUUUCCCACCCUCCAUUCCCAAGAUUUUCCCAGGAUUUUCCACCUUCGAUUCCCAGAAUUUCCUGUCCUCCUUUCCCUGAUUUUCCUGCCUCAUUUCCCAAAAUUUCCCACCCUCCUUUCCUGGGAUUUUCCCAGAAUUUCCCACCCUCCUGGGAAUCCCUGGAAAAACGGGAUCCCCUGGAAUUCCGCGCUGCUUUGCCUUGGGAAUGAUCCAAAUCCCACCCUCCAAAUCCCCCAAAAUUCGGGAAUUCCUUCCCCAAAAUCCCACAGAACUUCCGGCAGCUCCUCCUUUCCUACAACAUCCAAAUAAAAUCCUUUAUUUCCCUUGGAUUUGGGACCACCUGGAAUUAUUCCCGACAUUCCAAAGCUCCUUUCCCAGGAAUCCCAAAUCCUCCAUUCCCUGGGAAUUCCCUCGGAUUUGUUUUUAUCCCAUUUUUUUUCCCACCUCCUCCAGCUGGAACUCAAAGCUUUAAGGCUGGGAGGGAUUUUUCCCAAAUUUCCCUGAAUUCCUGCUCCUUUUUCCUGUGGAUUUUCCUGGAGGAAAACUGGGAAGGAGAGGCCCAAAAAAAAAAAAAAGUGGAAAAGGGAAAUUCCUGAUGGAAAAAGAGCAGGAAAUUUUUCCAGACUUUUCCAAAUCCUGGAAUUUUCCUGGAGAUUUUCCCAGAUUUUUUUCAAUUCCUGGAACUUUCCUGGACUCCUCCAAAUCCUGAAGUUUUUUCCAGAUUUUUCCCAAAACCUGGAAAUUUCCUGGAGCUUUUUCCCAGAUUUCUUCAAAUCCUGCAGUUUCUUCCCAGAUUUUUCCCAAAUCCUGGAGAUUUUUCCCAAAGAUCUCCAAAUCCUGGAACUUUCCUGAAGUUUUUUUCUAGAUUUUUCCAAAUCCUGGAAUAUUCCUGGAUUAUUUUUUUUUUCAUAUUUUCCCAAAUCCUGGAAAAUUCCUGGAGUUUUUUCCCAGAUUUCUUCAAAUCCUGGAAUUUUCUUCCCAGAUUUCUCCAAAUCCUGAAAUUUUCCUGCAGUGUUUUCAUGGAUUUCUCCAAACCCUGGAGCUUUCCUGGAGCUUUUUCCUGGAUUUCUCCAAAUCCUGGAGUUUUUUUCUCUGUUUUUUCCCAAAUCCUGGAGCUUUUCCCCCGGUUUUUCCAAAUCCAGCUUUUUUUGGGCUCUUCCAGGGAAAUUCCAGAGCCUGGGAAUUUCCUUUUCCUGCCUUUUCCAGAUCCAGGAAAAUCCACAAUCCCACAGGAUGGGAUCUGAAUCCAUGGAUUUCCCCCAAAUUCCUGGAAUUCCCGUGGCAAAAUUCCACCCAAAUUCCACAGCCUGGCCUUGGACACUUCCAGGGACCCGGAAAAAUCCCAAUCCCAAUAAAAACCCCAAGGAAAAUCCAGGAUUUCUCCACUUUAUUCAUCAAUUUCCCGCAUUCCCGGGAAUGUUUUUCCCAAAUUUCAUCCCGAAUUUCCAUUUCCUGGUUAAAUAUUUAUGGAAUUCCACGAUUUCCCUAAAAUCUGAUUCAGCUCCUGGAAAUCCAGGCUGGAAAAAUAUGGAAAAACAGCUGGAAAAAUUCCCUGGAAAAUCGGGAUUCAAAGGAAUCAGGAAUUCCUGAUUUUCCUCAUUCCCAUCCUGGAAUUUUCCAGCAAAUCCAGAGGGGAAAAAACCCAAAAAUCAACAAAAAAAUCUCAAUCCAAGAGGUCUCAGAGUAGAAUUCCAGCUUUUCCAAAGGCAUUUUUUUGGGAAUUCCUCAAAAAAUCAUCUGGAUCAGGAAUUCCCAAACGUGGCUGGGGUGGGAAUGGAAAAAUCCGGAAAAAAAAUGGGAAUUUUCUGAGGGGAAAGGAGAAAUUUGCAGCUCCCUCGGAGGAUUUUCACCCUUUGGAAGAGGAAGGAAAAAUCUGGGAAUUCUCAACAUUCCCCCUCUGCAGGAUCAGAAAAAUCCGGAAUUCUGGGAAUUCCUUGGAAAACUGAGAUUCCCAUGGAAAAUCCAUUCCCAUCAACUCCUUCCCAGGCUU